UAUACAAAAUUUAUACAAAUUGCAUACAUGGCAAAAUUGGAGUUCAUUUUCUCUGUUUUGCUCCAGAUUUUGUGCGUUUCCAGCCACGGAAAUGAUUAUUUAUCCGCGUACGAAGCAGGCAACGGAAAUGCACUUAACGUUGGCCAAGUAGUUUCAGGAAAACGGUAUUUGAUUUACGACGUUAACCCGGGCGAAGGCUUUAAUUUACGACGCGACGUGUACCUGAGGGCAGCAAAUUUGGUGAAAAUAUUGAACGAAAAAAGCAAUUGGACGCUUGUCGUACCUCCGUGGAGACGCUUGUACCAUUGGAAAACGCACGAUAUUGAGCAAAACGCUAUGCCAUGGAGAACUUUUUUUGAUCUCAAAAGUUUGAACCGUUACAUACCCGUUAUUGAGUUCGAGGACUUUAUCAAUGAAACAGGUAGCCCAGGCAUUGAUCUAACAAUCUAUUUGCAACGAUAUAAAGAGGGAUGGAAAAAUGGAGAAUGGGAAGAAAAAAUUGACGAACGUGAAUGCCUUGAAAGACCUAUUUACAUAAAAAUGGAAGAUGGCAAAUACAGGGGGUAUUUCUGGGGACUUGAGCAAGUGUUCACGUGGGAGUUCAAAUGUAUGUCUGUGCAAGGUUUAGCUACAGUAUUAAAACCAUUGCUAAUGGAGACCAGCGCAAAGUCAGUUUUUAUAGAUCGAUUUGAAGAGGUUCUACACAUUGAAUACGGCCAAAUUGAAUACUGGAAGGCCCGGCGGAGUUUGGUGUUCGCAAAACAUUUGCGGAAAAUUGGAGACAAAUUCAGAAAGGAGUUUCUAAAUUCAAACGACGAAGCUGAUUCUACGGUGAGGAAAACGGAUUGGCGUAAAAACAAGAAAAAAGAAGGCAGCGCAAUUGGGGGGCCGUAUCUUGGUGUUCAUCUUAGACGCGCAGACUUUCUCUAUGCAAGAAAAAACUUUGUUCCAAGUUUAGAUGGCGCUGUUAAGCAGAUCCAGACGAUUAUGGAGAAACAAAAACUGGAUAAAGUUUUCCUCGCCACUGACGCACCAGAAGAAGAAAUACAAUACCUAAAAGAUAGACUUCCUAUUGUUAAAUAUGAACCUACGAGGGCGAUUAUAAAAAAAUAUGGCGAUGGAGGAGUAGCAAUUAUUGACCAAUGGAUAUGUGCACAUGCCAAGUAUUUUGUUGGGACCAAGGAGUCGACUUUUUCGUUUAGAAUUCAGGAGGAGAGAGAUAUUUUAGGCUUUAAUGCGGACACAACAUUCAACUGCUUGUGUUCUGAUAAGGAGAUCGGUAGGUGCGAGCAACCAACAAGAUGGAGGAUUGUGUAUUGAUAAUUAAAAUAAUAUUUUUACUGUUAAGAUAUUAAUAGAUCUAUUUAGAAUAUUGUGAACCAUGGCAGUACCCAAAAUAUGAACAGAGACGUGAUAAGAGCGUUCAGGUGAAAUUUAGGUGAAAUUUAGGUGAAAUUUAAACUUUUAAAUUUUUUUAUAUAAGUCCCCAUUAUUCAACUCGACUUUGCAACCUCGUACCCAGGGUCUUGCUCAACUUGUAGGUAUGAAUAUUUCUAUUUUGACUUAUGCAUGGUCUAGCCAUUUUUGAAAUAUGGGUGAAGUGUCAGGGUGUUGUAUUCAAUCAACCUUUUACUAUUCAUUCACUUUUACUAUGCUUUACUUGAUAAUAUUAUAAAAGUGAAAAAGAGAAUGACAAGUUGGAAUCGCUGAUGAUUGAUCAUAUUUAUACAACUAAUUUGGAAGAAAUUGGUCAGGGGUGUUUAUUUGAGCAUAAGCGAUCAUUCUUAAUUUGUUUACGUUUUAAGACAAACCAGAGUUGUAUAGAAACCCCCACGUACAUUUGAUAAAAAUAAAUUUGUUUAAGAGCUGACCAAUGCUCCCAUUUCAUGUGAUUGAAGCUUGUGAUGCGACUUAUACAACAUAGUCGAUGUGGAAAUCUUUUGGGGAACCACAGACCAAUAUCAAUUCUUUUUAUUAUUACAACCAGGUUUAUGCAUUCCUGUUGGAACAUAAUUAGGUUAUUAAAUGAAAAGCAACACGGCUUUCGGACCAUUUCACGUAAAUUGGAUUCUAAUUUUCGUGAACUUGUCGCCAGACUGCGUUUUUAAGCAUCGCGAAAUUAACGUGUUUGCUGAUGAUACCGCACUUUUUAUCGCUGGAAAAGAUAGCGUCUAAAUCGAUCACAAUCUAAAUACGGAUUUAAAAUGAAUCUCCCAAUAGCUUGAAGAAA